AUGUCUGCAGGACAUGCUUAACUUUUGUCUAUCCAUGUCCCUUUAUCAACAUUGACCUGUGUUCAUAUAGAUGCAGACAACAGCCAGCUCAACACAUAAAACUUUAUGACAACAGUAGCAGUGAGAGCAAACGAGACAGAUGAUUGAAAUCUGGUGAAAUAGCGCUGCUCUAUGCAUGAAUGCAUCUGUAGCUUAGAGAGGCAUUUAUGAUCUUAUAUUUGCUUUGAUAUUUACUUGAUCUUAGAUUUAUUUUUUGGUGUCUUUUCACCAAAACAUAUUCUAGCGGAUUGUGUCCGUUUUCUGUAUUUUGAGUUUACUUGGAGGUGUUUCUCCUUUUCAGUUCAAAUCCCUCCAGUUUUUUUAGGAUUGCCUCUGAACUACUGCAGUCAUGUGGGAGUUCCGGUCCAUGUCUUUCUGGCGAGCUGUGUUUGCUGAGUUCUACGGCACCAUGUUCUUCGUGUUCUUUGGGCUAGGUGCGGCUCUGCGUUGGACCACUGGCUCCCACAAUGUGCUCCAUGUUGCCUUCUGCUUUGGGCUGGCAGCCGCCACCCUCAUCCAGUCCAUAGGCCACAUCAGCGGCGGCCACAUCAAUCCGGCCGUCACAUUUGCCUACCUGAUCGGUUCCCAGAUGUCCCUGUUCCGCGCCUUCUUCUACAUCUGUGCCCAGUGUUUGGGGGCUCUUGCUGGGGCUGCUGUGCUAUAUGGGGUAACGCCAAGCAACAUGAGAGGCAAUCUGGCUCUUAACACACUGCAACCAGGCAUCAGCCUGGGCAUGGCUACCACCAUGGAAGUGUUCCUCACUCUGCAGCUGGUCGUCUGUAUCUUCGCUGUGACCGACGAGAGGCGCAAUGGGCGUCUUGGCUCUGCUGCUUUGGCCAUCGGCUUCUCUGUGCUCAUGGGACACCUGCUUGGGAUGUACUAUACCGGUGCUGGAAUGAACCCUGCCAGGUCCUUCGCACCUGCUGUGCUCAUCAGGAACUUUGUCAACCACUGGGUGUACUGGGUCGGCCCCUUCAUUGGCGGCGCGAUUGGUGCCCUCCUGUAUGACUUCAUGCUUUUUCCACGCAUGCGUGGCCUGUCUGAGAGGCUGGCUGUGCUCAAAGGCAAUCGGCCUCCAGAGGUCGAGGGGCAACAGGACACCCGGGGGGAGCCAAUCGAGCUCAAGACACAGGCCCUAUAAAUGUAGCAAGGAAAGGUUUGCUUUGUUAUUCCCGACCCUGAACCAGAUGCGUAUACAUUUCACAUGCCUCACUGCCUACACCCUCAACCCAUUGCUCCUUACCCAGAUUACCCUACAUAUCUACAUAGGAUUUCCCAACAAGUACACCUUCAUCCUCAUCAUGCCUUCAGAGCCUGGACAAUAUGGGCAGCUAGAGCCCUCGUCAUCUUUCAUAUACCUUUUCUCCCUAUAGCCUAGACCCUACAUCCUAAAUCCCAUACCUACAGCCUUCCCAGGCCAAAGAAUGAGGGUUAGAAGAGGACAUGGCCACCAAGGACACCGCUUUGUAUAUGUUGGUAAGGGAGCGGGUCGGUCAGUCCAGACUGACCAGGUGGCUAAAACUGCUCAGGACAGGGGCAUCUCUCUCAGUUGUAGUCUACUAGGAGUGAGCUACAUUAGGGCAGUGGACUUCUACAUGCUUUUCCAGAUUUCUCUCAGUUUGCGCUCUCACUAUUGUUUUAGUUUUUUUUCUCUUCUCAUUUUGUUUCUUUUUCUCUUUAAAAACAAUCUGACAUGUACAAUAUCAUUAGCAUUUUACAGCAACAUAUUCAGCAACACUUUCAGUUGUGUGUGCGUGUGUGUGUGACAGUUUUUAUUUUGGCUUUUCUAUUCCCACCAUACUGUGUUUGUAUCAGACCUUGUUUUUCUAAAAUGAAAGACACAUUCCCCCUCACACUUUGGAUCAGUUUCAUGUCUUGAUUUGCAUUAAAAAGCAACUUCAUCCCAAUCCCACUUACUUAUAGCAAUAUAUAACCAUUUGAAAGUUUACAUUUAAAAGUUUUUUCAUAUUAUUUUCUUUAAUAAAACAGGAACACCUAACAUCUACCUGGCCAUUUCUUAAACUAGCUCUUUCUCUGAUACAAGCGCUUGUCAUUUUUUCCUUGUUAUUUUGAUUUUGAUAAUUUUUGUUUACUGAAACUGUUUGUGUUUGAAAUCAACUCGUUGGGUACCUCCAAAGAUUUAGGGUUUACAUUAUGUUCAGUGUUUGAGACUGUUUCGGUUGAUUUUUUUUCUGGCAUACAUUUUCUAGGAUUCUAAAACACCUUUUGCCAUACAGCUUUAAUGUUUAGACUAGUUGGGUUUGGCAAGAUCUUGUGUGUUAAAAAGCAGUUUUUAGAUAACCUCAGCUUUCUGUUAUGGACACCAGACUGUUUGUAUUCGUUGUGAUAAAAUGACAAUUUUAAUAUUUUAAGUUGAGCAACGUGAGUGCAUGAAGAUGCAGUGACUUCUAUCUUCUUUUUUUCUUCCAUUGUCAGAGAGGGACUUUAUUUGUUCAGGGCUUUCUUUUCACGUAUUUCCCCUCUUGGAUUCUGUGAGAGUGCAUCACAGUCAGAUUUUCCUAUUCAAAGGGAAGUGGAUAGGAAAUACUGACGAGGUUUCCUUAGUGUUUGUUGUCCUCAGUAGUAAACAUGCAUCUGUGUUCUCAUAGCUCAGUGCUGUAAACAUGAAGGAGUGGCUUCAUCCUGGCAUCCUCUUGACCUCCCUCCAAUGUCAUCAUUUAGUCCUCAAAGCAGGCCUGCUCUGAUUCAGCUCAAUGAACUCAGAUGGGCCUGGGAGGGGAUAGAGUGAUGUGGGAGAGCAGAAAACCAACCAGAAUGGAUCAGGCUGUUGGCCAGUAGAUUUCAUCUUCUCAUCAUAGCCUUUCCAAGACUCUCAGUCUAGUUGGACAUUGAACACAGAUUCUUCAAUGUUUACAUGAGAACUAGAUACCAUUUUGUGCUUAAGAUGUUAUGUACAGUGUAAAGAUUUCUUUUUUAAAUUUCAAAUGAUUGUUCAAACUAGAUAAAUAUACAUAAAUGAUCA